AUGUAUUUUCCUCCCCAUAUAGAUGAUCUUCUCGAAGUGUUUGGUCAGGCUGUUUGGUUUACCUCCCUAGAUCUAUUGUCUGGUAUGUAUGAGUUUGUUGUCAUACCUUUUGUCCUCUGCAAUGCUCCUGCCACCUUCCAGUAUAUGAUGAAUUAUGUGCUAGCUAAUUUCAUUAAACAAUUCAUCAUAGUAUAUCUUGACGAUAUUGUAAUAUACUUUGCUUCUUUCAAUGAACACUUGUAUCAUAUCGCCGCUGUCUUUGAAAUAUUAAAGGCUGUGGGUCUAAAGUUAAAUUUUAAUAAGUGUGUCUUUUUCAGAUCCCACCUCCAAUUCCUAGAUCAUGUUGUUGGACAAGAAGGAGUUUGUCCUGAUAACAAUAAAGUAGAGAAAGUUCAAAAUUUUCUUACCCCAGUAAACUUAAAACAACUCUAUGGAUUUGUUGGGCUGGCUUUGUACUAUAGAGAAUUUAUUUCUAACUUUGCCUCGAUUGCUUGUCCUCUACAUCAUUUGUUGAAAAAGGAUUAUCUAACAGAUGUACUAGUGCUCCGUUACCCCAAUUUCAAUAAGACUUUCAUCGCGCACGCUGACACUUCAGGAACUAGAUUGGGUGCCAUGCUGGCCCAAAAAGAUAAUCUAGGAAAGGAGUAUGUUGUAGCAUAUGCUAGUCAAGCCCUAACCAAACCUGAAACUAAUUAUAGUACUACCAAACUUGAGUGUUUAGUAGUUUUGUAG